AUGAUGUAUUCCAGGGCUCUUGAACAAACAGCUCUCUCAUCAAUCAGAGAGCCAGCAUCGGCCAUUGCAAACAUGCUGCUCCAUUAUCUCACUCUUCUUCCUGUUGCGUUUGCUGGGAGCCACAAAGCCCCCUCAGCAACCACGCUCAACGGUACCUACAUCGGCCGUUACCUCCCCGAGUUUUCUCAGGAUCUGUUUCUCGGAAUCCCCUUCGCCAGAGCUCCCGUCCUUGGAAAUCCCACCCCUUGGGACGAGUCCUGGAGAGGUUCCCGCUCCGCCGAGUACAAUGGUGCCAUUUGCUAUUGCUAUGCGCCGCCGGCAGACAUGGAAAGGGCAAAUGUGACCGAGAAGUCGGACGAAUGCCUGAAUCUCAACGUCAUUCGACCAUCUGGCAUUGGCAAGAAGAAAAAGCUCCCUGUCGUUGUCUGGCUCUACGGCGGCGGGUUUGUUGACGGUUUCGGCGCCGAUAUCAACUCGAACAUGUCCUACAUCGUCCAAGCGAGCGUGGCCCAGCAGAUGCCCAUCAUUGCCGUCACACUGAACUAUCGUGUCGGCUUUCUUGGGUUCCCCGGCGGUGCUGAGGUAGCUAAGGAAGGCGUCACCAACUUGGGCUUCAAGGAUCAACGGAUAGCUCUGCAAUGGGUCCAUGAAAACAUUGCCGCUUUUGGCGGCGAUCCGGACAAGGUCACACUCUGGGGUCAAUCUGCUGGAAGUCACUCCAUCACUCAUCAGAUCUUGGCCUACGGAGACCAACGUGGCGAGAAGAGGCUUUUUCGGGGAGCCAUCAUGGUCAGCUCGUCAGUGGGCGUCGGAAACUCUCACCACCCAACACGCUAUGACGCUCUUGCCGGCUACAAGGGGAUUGUUCGGGCGACAAACUGUACUGGCGCCCAAGACACUCUGGCCUGUCUGCGGAGACUGUCUGGGGACCAGCUGUGGGAAGCAAGUAUGACAGUGGCCGACUUGGAAGUCUGGAAGCCGAUGGUAGACGGAGACUUUGUGUCCAUGCCUCCGACGCUCCAGCUUCUCUCGGGAAAGUUCCGUCGCGAUGUGUCUGUCUUGAUCGGAACCGGUAGUGAUGAAGGCCUGGGCCCCUCCAAAUCAUUACCUCAAGACCUGGACACGGACGAAGAUGUCCACGCGAUGCUUAGAUUGUUACUCCUUGACGCACGGAAUGAGACACUCGACCUCAUCAUGCGAGCGUACCCUGCGGAAGCCCAGGGCCCGCCCUACGCUUUGCCAAUGUCGGAGACAGAUCGUCUGUGCGAGGAAUUCAGGAUUGCUGGGGGCUUACGCUGUGGGAAGCAGUUCCGGAGAUUUGCUUCGAUGUUUGGUGACUUUUUCGUGAUCGCUGGUCGCCGGGCUGUCGCGCAGAAGUUUGCUGAGCUAGGCAUGACGGCAUAUUCGUACCGGUUCGAUACGUGGCCGACCUCCUUUCCGAUCACCAACUUUACAAACUUUAAGCCUGGGUUUGCUGGUCACUCCACAGACUACUCUUACUUUUUCCGUUUCCCAAGGGAACACGACCUCUACGGCAACAACCCGCCAAUUCCGAAGGGCUCUGAGGCGCAUCUUCAGCUGUCACAGGGCAUUGCUGCCAAGCUCAUUGCCUACAUCUACACUGGCAACCCCAACGCGGUCUCUGUCCCCGGCUUUCCUGUCUGGCCCAAGUACGACGUCAAGAAGCCGACUAAUAUGGUAUUCAACGCCACCGAGCAUCCCGACCGUCUCAACGUUCACAUCGAGCCUGAUACCUGGCGCAAGGAGGGCAUGGCAAUCUGGCCAAGUCACCCGAUCGAGCUGGACUACCGGAAGACUGUCCCUGACAAUCUUAGAGACCUGUAA